AUGGCCCUAGCAGCCAUGCAACUUGUAUUACCAGCGAAUUCUCUCGCAGAUAUUAACGGCGCUUGCAAGUCGCUAGAAAAGGUAGUCGAAGAUGGCGAAACGGAGAACGUAGAGGGUGUUACUAGUGACCGGAGUCGGAGGAGGGUCGUGAAUCUCAGUUUGGACCGCUCUCCCAGAUGUAUCUUCCAACUGGCUCUGCAGAUCGUGAAGCUCAUCUACCAGCUCAUCGGUGCUAGCUAUGCUCGAGGCACCGUCAAAAUCGAUGAAUGUCGCUUUACUGUCAUGAAUGAGACAAUUAUGCUUGUUAAUGUCCCCAUGCUUAAUUCCCAACCGGUGCAGCGUUGAUAGGACCAGGUUGGCACCGAGAGGGGUCUUCCGGCCCUGCGCGAGUGCUCUUUAAUCGUGAUUGAUCUGCGCUGUGUAGGUAGGUGGGUACAGAGCGAAAGACUCCGGCGUCGAUUACCUGGGGCAAGGAGACGACGUAAAUUGUACGCGGUCGAGUCGAUUUCCACCGGCUGGUAAAGCGGUUUAGAAGAGCCGAAAUUAAAUAUAGAGACCAUCACUAAGAAC